AUGUAUUCCUGGAAGAGUAAAUUCAAGUUUGGUAAAUCUAAAGAAGAGAAAGAAAAAGAAAAGGAGAAGGAGAAAGAAGCUAAACGUCAUAGUGCUCUAUUCCAUUUAAACAAAAAUGAUGAUACUUCAUCUCAUUCAAAUACUGUGACACAACCAGAUUCAGAUCGUAAAGAAACCAUCACUCAGGCCUCAACUAGUACUAAUCAGGCAGAAACAUCCUAUGAUGGUGUAUCAUCUGUAUCUACCUUUAAUGGUGGUGAUAACGCUCAUACACGUCAGCAUGUGGACUCAAGAAAUGAUCUGAAAAAUCAUGAUAAUGAUGCACCUUCAGAAAAGUCAGGUCCACACUCAAAUGUCUCAAAUACUUCCACCUCAAGUAGUGGCAUUAUGACUAUUAAAAUUUAUAAUGGUGAUGGAUUUAAUCUACCAUUUAAUAUUACUGCAAAUGAUCAAAUUUUAACUAAAUUGUUGUCGUCUGGGAUUCCAGUACAACAAGGUAAUGCAGAUAUUGAUAUUGACCAAUUAACUUCACAGAUAUCAAGAAUCACAUUAUCUAAUCAAGGUUCUUCUUCAGAGUCGUUGAUUCCAAAAGAAAAUUCAUCGAGUUUUAUUCCUGCUACUAUUAUGCUACCUGGUUCCCAGAAUGCUAGCCCCCUGUUAUACUUCACUAUUGAAUUUGAUAACACUGUGGCUACUAUUGAACCUGAAUAUGGUACUAUGGCGAAACCAGUCUUUAAUAAAAUUUCAACUUUUGAUGUUACUAGAAAAUUGCCAUAUAUAAAAAUUGAUGUUUUUGCUCGUAUCCCAUCUAUUCUUUUACCAUCGAAAGCGUGGCAAGAGGAGGUUAGUGAAAAUAAUGAAAAGUUGAAACAAAUCUUUGAAAAAAUUAAUACUAAUCAAGAUAUACAUCUUGAUUCAUGUCGUUUACCAGUUAAUUUAAAGAUUGAUUCUGCAGCAAAUAUUAGACUGUACAAUCAUCAUUGGGUUGAAUUAGAGAAUGGGUUUGGUAACAUCAAUUUGACUAUUGAUUAUAAGCCUUCAAAAAAUAAACCAUUAUCCAUUGAUGAUUUUGACCUUUUGAAAGUUAUUGGAAAAGGUUCAUUUGGUAAAGUUAUGCAAGUACGGAAAAAGGAUACCCAAAAGAUAUAUGCAUUGAAGGCACUUAGAAAGUCAUAUAUUGUUUCUAAAUCUGAGGUGACACAUACUUUGGCUGAAAGAACUGUCUUGGCUAGAGUGGAUUGUCCAUUUAUUGUACCAUUGAAAUUUUCCUUCCAGUCACCUGAAAAAUUGUACAUAGUAUUAGCUUUUAUUAAUGGUGGUGAAUUAUUUUAUCAUUUACAAAGGGAAGGUAGAUUUGAUUUAUCAAGAGCAAGAUUUUACACUGCAGAAUUGUUAUGUGCAUUGGAGACUUUGCAUAAUUUGGAUGUUAUUUACCGUGAUCUAAAACCAGAAAAUAUAUUGUUAGAUUAUCAAGGUCAUAUUGCACUUUGUGAUUUUGGUCUUUGUAAACUGAAUAUGAAGGAUAAUGACAAAACAGACACUUUCUGUGGUACACCAGAAUACUUAGCACCUGAAUUAUUGUUAGGACAAGGGUACUCUAAGGUUGUUGAUUGGUGGACUCUUGGUAUAUUGUUAUAUGAAAUGUUAACUGGUCUUCCGCCAUACUAUGAUGAAGAUGUGCCAAAGAUGUACAAAAAAAUUUUACAGGCACCAUUAAGAUUCCCAGAUGGGUUCGAUAGAGAUGCUAAGGACUUAUUGAUUGGUCUUUUAAGUAGAGAUCCUUCAAGAAGAUUAGGUCGUAACGGCGCACAAGAGAUUAAAGAUCAUCCAUUCUUCAGCCAAUUAUCAUGGAGAAGACUAAUGAUGAAAGGCUAUAUCCCACCAUUUAAACCACCAGUUAGUAGCGCUAUGGAUACAAGUAAUUUUGAUCAAGAAUUUACUAAAGAACAGCCAAUUGAUAGUGUAGUCGAUGAGUUUUUAAGUGAAAGUGUUCAAAAACAAUUUGGUGGAUGGACUUAUGUUGGUAAUGAACAAUUGGGUAACUCCAUGGUUCAAGGUAGAAGCAUUCGUUAG